AUGGCGGCAGCGCGGUGCCUGCGGAGCGCCCGGCGCCUCCUGCCCGCGGGCGCACGGAGCGAGUGCUGGGAGCUGGCCCGGCUGGCGGGGCCCGUGUUCUUUGCCCAGCUGCUGGGGUUUCUGAUCAGCGUGGUCAGCUCCAUCUUCUGUGGCCACCUGGGGAAAGCUGAGCUGGAUGCUGUGACCCUGGCUGUGUCCGUUAUCAACGUGACAGGGAUCUCCAUCGGUGCUGGCUUGGCCUCAGCAUGUGACACGCUGAUGACCCAGACCUACGGCAGCAAGAACCUGAAGCAGGUGGGCACCAUCCUGCAGCGGGGCAUCCUCAUCCUGCUGCUCUUCUGCUUCCCCUGCUGGGCCCUCUUCAUCAACACCGAGAGGAUCCUCCUGCUCAUCCGGCAGGACCCCGAGGUCUCCAGGUUAACUCAGCUCUACGUGAUGAUCUUUAUUCCAGCCCUUCCUGCGGCGUUUCUGUACCAGCUGCUGACAAGAUAUUUACUGAGUCAGGAGAUCAUUAUGCCUCAGGUGGUGACGGGGAUUGCAGCCAACGUCCUCAACGCAGCCAUGAACGCCUUCCUGCUCUAUGCUCUGAAGCUGGGCAUGGUGGGCUCUGCCUGGGCUAACAUGGUUUCUCAGUACACCCAGGCCAUCCUCCUCGUCCUUUACGUGUGGUGGAGGAAGAUCCAUGUGAAGACCUGGGGAGGCUGGAGCAAGGAGUGCCUCGUGGACUGGGGCUCCUUCAUCUGGCUGGCAGUGCCUGGCAUGGUCAUGAUGUGCAUUGAGUGGUGGACCUUUGAGAUUGGGAGCUUCUUGGCUGGGCUGAUCAGCGUGGUGGAGCUGGGAGCACAAUCUGUUAUCUACGAGCUCGCCUGUGUGGCGUACAUGGUGCCUCUGGGCAUCAGCGUGGCUGCGAGUGUCAGGGUGGGGAAUGCCCUGGGAGCAGGGAAUGUGGAGCAAGCCAAGACCUCCUGCAUCACUGCGCUGCUGUGCACAGGAGUCUUUGCUGUGCUGGUUUCAGCAUUACUGGGGAGCCUAAGGAAUGUGGUGGGAUACAUCUUCACCAAUGACACGGAAAUUGUCACCCUGGUGUCCAGAGUGAUGCUCAUCUUUGCUCCGUUCCACUUGCUGGAUGCCACAGCAGCCACAUGUGGCGGGGUGCUGCGGGGCACGGGCCGCCAGAAGCUGGGCGCCAUUGCCAACGCCGUGGGAUAUUACACCCUGGGCUUCCCCAUCGGCAUCUCCCUGAUGUUUGCAGCCAAGAUGGGGGUCUUGGGUCUGUGGGUUGGGAUGAUCAUUUGCAUCUCGGUGCAAGCCCUUUCCUUCUUGGCUUUUGUCAUCCGAAUGGAUUGGAGGAAAGCUGCAGAGGAGGCUCAGGUCCGAGCUGGAACGAAAGAACAAAUGGAAGAUGUGAACUCCAAUGGCACAGCUGCUAUCAAAACAUCUGCUGUGGGUUACACCUCCCUUGACCCGGACCCCGGGGACACCACGGUGCUGCCUGAGAGCAUGGUGAUGGGGGAGAGGCAGCCUGGGCAGGAGCUCAGCCCUCAGGAGGAGCCUGCUGUGCUGCCUGUCCUUGCCCCCGUGCCAUGGAGGGCCGUGAUGCUCCGCCGUGGGCUGGCUGCUGCUGCUGCCAUCGCUGUGCUGCUGGUGGGGAUCCUGGUCCGGCUCCUGACUGGCAAUGGAUAAACCCAGGGGACUGAGGAACUCUGCACAGAGCAGGAGGGCACGGGGCAAUGUCCCAGAGGGUGGGGAGGGACAGGGAUUCCCCCACAGUGCCUUACAAAAAGUCCCUUUGCACGGUUUCUGGUUAGCUCACAACGUUUGAUCCCACGCGCUGGGGAGCUGGUUCCUCUCCUGCUCUGCACUGGGAUGUCACUCAUCAGAGGUGGAUGAGAGCAGACAGGGUCCUGGUGCUGCUGUCCUGCUCUCUGGGGACACUGGACCGUGUCAUUUGCUCAUGGCAGAGGCUCCUGCUGCCCACAGCACAUUUCCUCACACACACCAGCCUGUCCCAGCAUCUUGGGGUGGCAAAUGCCACUUGCAGCCACUGUGGAACACAAUGGAUUUUGCUGGAAGAUGUCAGACUCUGCUCUUGGGUGCUGGCUGCUGGCCCUGACCCUGCUCUCCCUCUGCAGGGUGGGCACAGGGCCUAAAGCAACUCUUCUUUGCACUUUUGUAAGGUGGGAUUUUGAUACAAUAAAGUUUUCUGAGUAAA